GUCCAUCUCGCUCUAGCAAAUGCUGAAGAGCAAGAAUUCAAUUCAAGAGAGAGAGAGAGAGAGAGAGAGAGAGAGAGAGAACGCUGUGCUUAUCUUGCUCUAAACAAAGCUCAAGGGUGUAAGCUUUAAGCACCUUUCUAGUCAAGUGUGUGCGUGUGUGAAAAGCUUUGGACGUGACGUGCGCUGAUAAGCCCAAGACUAGGCCGAUAAGACUGCGCCAAUGACGUCAAGAGUAAUAGGAAAUGUUUUAAUUAAAAGUCCAGGGCAAGAAGAAGAAGAAGAAGAAGAAGAAGACGAAGAACAUUCAAGUGAACAGCGUGUGGCUAGAUUAAAACAGUUAUUAGGCGUGUUCGCCGCCGUCAGUACAAACUUGCCCGCUUUGGGGGACUCAACUGGGGGACUAACUGGGCCUAAACGAUCAGAGCCAUGUCUAUGGUAUGGAUGGGCACCUUCAAGGUGGUCAUGAUUGUGGGGAUUACCUGGCUGGUGGUUAGACGAUCGCUGUCUCGCUUUAUAGGAACGCUUACAGUCGAGGAGGUCUACAAAGAUCGCGACCAGUUCGCAGCUCUGGUGCGCGAGGUGGCCGCACCUGAUGUCGGCCGCAUGGGCAUCGAGAUCUUGUCCUUUACCAUCAAGGACGUCUACGACGAUGUGCAGUAUCUGGCCUCGCUGGGCAAGGCCCAGACCGCUGUGGUUAAGCGGGAUGCCGAUGCGGGCGUUGCGGAGGCAAAUCGUGAUGCCGGCAUUCGGGAGGCCGAGUGCGAGAAGAGCGCCAUGGAUGUGAAGUACUCGACGGACACCAAGAUCGAGGACAAUACGCGCAUGUACAAGCUGCAGAAGGCCAACUUCGAUCAGGAGAUCAACACGGCCAAGGCCGAGUCCCAGCUGGCCUACGAACUACAGGCGGCCAAGAUACGCCAGCGCAUCCGGAACGAGGAGAUCCAAAUCGAGGUCGUCGAGCGGCGCAAACAGAUCGAGAUCGAGUCGCAGGAAGUGCAGCGCAAGGAUCGCGAACUUAUCGGCACCGUCAAGCUGCCAGCCGAGGCCGAAUCGUAUCGUGUCCAGACCAUUGCCCAGGGCAAGCAAUGCCAGACCAUUGAGGGUGCACGGGCCGAGGCGGAGCGCAUACGGAAGAUCGGUUCCGCGGAGGCUCAUGCCAUUGAGCUGGUGGGCAAGGCGGAGGCGGAACGCAUGCGGAUGAAGGCGAAUGUCUACAAGCAGUACGGCGAUGCGGCCAUCAUGAAUAUAGUGCUGGAAUCGUUGCCCAAGAUUGCCGCCGAGGUGGCCGCCCCAUUGGCCAAGACGGAUGAGAUUGUGCUGAUUGGUGGCAACGAUAAUGUGACCAACGAUGUGACACGCCUCGUGGCACAGCUGCCUCCCUCGAUCAAUGCACUGACCGGGGUGGAUCUGUCCAAGGUGCUGGCCAAGAUACCCGGCGCCAAAGCGUGAAACCUAAUCGAAUGGGAUGUGCAGCAAAUGGCAUUGACGACGUAACCCCCAAAGGAAUUGCAACUGGAAAUGAGAGAGGGAGCUGAGGGAGAACGAGAGAGGAGUUAACAGAAAGCGAGAAUAAGAACGAAAGAGAGAGCGAACGAGCGAAUCUGAGAGAAAGAGAAAGAGAGAGCGAAAGAGAGAGAACGCAUUUGUUAGAGCGAGCUGGCGAGCGCAUCAGAAAUCAAAGGAAUCGAACGAUAAUCUUACAUAUAUAGAUAUAUAUAUACAUAUAUAUGUCUACAUAUAGCAAAAUGUACUCCGAUAUUAUAUAUAUAUAUAUAUGUGUGUGUCAGUGUGUGUAUGUGCCACACGACGACAAAAGGCCUGGCCCGGGCAUAGUUGGAUAAAUCAGUUAACGAAUCAGAUAUCCAGCUAAAGCUAAAGCUUAUAUCUAAAAUUAAUGCAUUUCGCACGCAUUCGCAAACGCAUUUUGUGGCCUUUUCUCGAUAAAUAAGCAGAAAUUACCAAAAAAAAAAAAAAAAAAAAAAAUCCAAAAAAAAA